UUGCCUCUUUGGGCUCUAUAAAUAAAGCCAAUUCUCUUGCCCAAAAAAACAUCAUUCUAAUUUUCAAUACUGCUUACAGGAUUAGGUCUUAGAAAGAGAGAAAGAAAAUGGGUUCCCUAGCUUUUACAGAGAAACCCCAUGCAGUUUGUGUCCCCUACCCAGCUCAAGGCCACAUAAACCCCAUGCUAAAGCUAGCAAAAAUCCUUCACUACAAAGGCUUUCAUAUCACCUUUGUAAACACAGAGUACAACCAUAAGCGCCUGUUAAAAUCCAGAGGUCCCGACUCUCUCCAUGCCCUUCCCUCCUUUCAGUUCGAAGCUAUUCCUGAUGGUCUUCCUGAUCAGUCUGAUAUUGAUGCCACCCAAGACGUACCAUCCCUAUGUGCCUCCACACAAAAAAAUUGCUUAGCUCCUUUCAGAAACCUUCUUUUGAAACUGAAUGACACCUCUUCAUCCCAUGUCCCUCCAGUCACUUGCAUUGUUUCUGAUGGUGUCAUGAGCUUCACUCUAGACGCAGCAGCUGAACUGGGUAUCCCUGAUGUUCUUUUCUGGACAACCAGUGCAUGCGGGUUCAUGGGCUAUGCUCAAUAUCGCCGUCUCAUUGAGAAGGGUCUAACACCACUCAAAGAUGAGAGUUAUUUGACAAAUGGGCAUUUAGAUACAAGCAUAGAUUGGAUUCCAGGCAUGAAAGGCAUCCGUUUGAGGGAUCUUCCGAGCUUCAUUGCAACCACGGACCUAGAUGAUAUUAUGCUAAAUUUUGCAAUGGUUGAAGCCGAGAGAGCUCAAAGAGCUUCUGCUGUUAUCUUAAAUACUUUUGAUGCUUUUGAGCAUGAAGUAUUAGAAGGACUUUCAACCAUGUAUCCUUCUAUUUGCUCCAUUGGUUCCCUACAUCUUCUCGUAAAUCAGAUCCCUGAUAACAAUUAUAAAUUGAUUGGAUCAAACCUUUGGAAAGAAGAAGAAAGUUGUAUCGAAUGGCUAGACAAAAGAGAACAAAACUCUGUUGUUUACGUGAAUUUUGGAAGCAUCACUGUCAUGACAAGCAAUCAAUUAAUUGAGUUUGCUUGGGGACUAGCAAAUAGCAAGCAAGCAUUCUUGUGGAUCAUAAGGCCUGAUCUUGUAAGAGGUGACUCGGCUGUUCUUCCUCCUGAGUUUUUAGAAGAGACCAAAGAAAGGGGUCUCUUAGCAAAUUGGUGUUCUCAAGAAGAAGUUCUGAGUCAUACAUCUAUUGGUGGGUUCUUAACUCAUAGUGGAUGGAAUUCCACACUUGAAAGCGUGUGUGGAGGAGUGCCAAUGAUCUCUUGGCCUUUCUUUGCUGAGCAACAAACCAAUUGUCGUUAUACUUGCAUUGAAUGGGGCAUAGGCAUGGAGAUAGAGAGCGAUGCAAAGAGAGGUAAAAUAGAGAGCCUUGUUAGAGAGCUGAUGGUGGGAGAGAAGGGGAAAAAGUUGAAGAAGAAAGCUGCUGAGUGGAAGAAAUUGGCAGAGGAGACCAUUAGCCCCACUGGGUCAUCUUUCGUGAAUUUGGACAAAAUAAUUAAUCAAGUGCUUCUAGCGUCGGCUACUAAUUGAAGGGGGUUUUACAUUUGAUAUGCUUAUCGAAGCUUGUUAUUGUAAGAUAGUUUUGUGAUCCCAGUUAUUUUCUUUCUCUCUCUUUUCUUUUGAUUUUUGUUUUUUCCUUUGCUAAGAUCCAGUUCCUUCCGUAUGUUUUGCAACUACUAGCACAUCUUGCAUUAUCUCCUACGAUUGUUCUUGACAUCUUAGUAAAAUCCUUCUUUUAGUA